AUUCGUGACACGAUCUGUCAAGCACCGUUGUUCCUUUUUCUGUUGACAUGACUUAUGAUGACUGAAAGAAUAAGGUUAAAAAGAUAGUCAAGAUGGUGUUAUAUAUUUAAUAUCUAUUGAUUUGAAGUGUGAAGAUCUUCAAGAUGGCAAGAAAUCCGUCGUCCGGUAGCUCAAACAAUGAUACUGCUGGCUUUCUGGUGGAUCCACGGUUUGUGGAUCUCAAGCCGCUAGGGUUCGGUGGCAGCGGAGUUGUUUUUUCUGCAAUUGACAGUGACUGUGACAAAGCCGUAGCCAUUAAGAAACUUGCCUUUCAUGACAAAAAAAGCUGCAAAUAUGCUCUGCGUGAAAUCAAAAUAAUGCGGAGACUCAAGCAUGAAAAUGUUGUAACUGUUUAUGAGAUUCUUGGUCCAAAUGGAUACCAGAUAGCUGGACAUUCCAGUAAUAUCCCUCUGAAUGAACUCACUUCCCUGUAUCUGGUCCAGGAAUUACUGGACACGGACCUCCAGCAGCUGAUUCAGGCCCAGGUCCUCACCGAGGAACAUGUGUGUCUGUUCCUUUACCAGCUGAUCCGAGGACUUAAAUACAUCCACUCGGCUAACGUCGUCCACAGGGACCUGAAACCUUCCAAUCUACUGAUAAACAUCGAAGAUCUGUCUUUAAAGAUUGGCGACUUUGGACUGGCCAGAAUUGUUGAUAUGGAAUACUCACAUAAAGGUUACCUAACAGACGGAGUGGGGACUUGCUGGUAUCGCUCACCAGAGCUGAUUAUCUCCCCUAGAGACUACACCAAGGCCAUAGACAUGUGGAGUGUCGGUUGUAUAUUUGCCGAGAUGUUGACGGGUAAACCUCUGUUCUCGGGGGGUAAUGAGAUGGACCAGAUCGGCCGAAUCCUGGACGUGACUCACCUCAACGACAAUGAGUGGAACAAGCUGACCCAGGUGUUACCCAUCAGUGUCCUCAGUAUCAGGUCAAGGUCACCCAAAACAGCUUUAAAGUCAAAGUUCAAGGACCUCUCUGAGGAUGCUCUGGAUCUGUUGGGGAGUCUGCUCCUGUUUAAUCCGGACAGACGGAUCUCCGCGGAGGAUGCCCUGGAUCACACCUUCCUGGCCGAGUACAGGUGUCCUGAUGAUGAACCUAUUGCACUUAGAUCAUUCCAUGUAGAAAACGAGGUUGACGAGUUGUCGCCCAAGACGCUGCGCCGGAUGUUGGGGACUGAAGUGACGGAGCCUGUCAUUCCGUGCGGGCGGACAUGUGACAUGAACAAGAUUACAGAUGCCAUGGCAACGGACCAUGUCCUGGCCAAAAACAUGGAGAAUGUGUCGAGAUCUUCAUCAUCCGAGAGUUUGUCAGACAAGGUAGACAAUAAGUACUCGGAUAUCACUCAGCUGAUACAGAUGUCAGAGAAACUUAGCUUCCUGGAUAAUUCAUACCCUUCCCCCAAGGAACUGACUUUACAAGUGAUUGUUAGCCUUCCAGAUGAAGAAAAUAAAAAGGAACAACUUUCUCCAAAGGAAGAGAAAACUGGACAUCGCUCAGCUUCUAAAAAUAGCUGCCAAACAAAUUCCUUGCAAACACGAGAAGAGAAGAGGCAAGUGGUGGACAAUGGAAUUAGUUUGAUGCCUAUCAGACAAACUGAAGCUAGUGCAGUGAGAAAAGACCUCAAGAUAUCAGUGACCAAAGACAAUGACAACCAGUUGGAUCGAGCUGUAUCGUCAUCAUCUAGUUUAUACACAGAAAACGCCACCAAUUUUCUAAAUGCUAACCCUGUAUUGUCACAAGAAGAGAAACUCAAUGAAAAUUCACAUAAAGUCUCUAAAAAUUUAGGAAGCCAUAAAAAAUCCACAAAUCAAAGACAGAAAGACCGACUAAAUGAGGAGAAAAGAGCUGAGUCGCCUCGAGAAAUUCCCCAGAAAACUGAGAAAAAUCGACCCAGGAAUGAGUAUGACAAGAACAUGGAAACCUGGGGGAAAUCCAAAGAGAAGACACGAGGCGAGAGUCAGAAGGAGGAGAAAAUGAAACGAAACAAGAUUGACAAAAACAGAGAGAGCUCAGAAAUAUCGCAGGAUUUUGAUUCCAUGUACCGCUUGCCCACAGAGCACUUGCUUCAUCGACGCGCCCGGCGGGGAGAUGAUAGAUCAUCAAGUCGACUUGAGUCCCAACUCAGAAUUCACGAACACAGAAACUCACAGCUAAAGCUUGCUGAGUUUGAGAGAGACAGGUGCAUUGGGGCCAUGGGAGGGUGUAACCUGCCACCCUCGGGACUGACCACAUCCCAAGAAGAUAUCCCCGCACUGUACGCAGAGCAUCGAAGUCGCAGCAGCAGCGGAAGUUCUGAAACUGACACCAAUUAUUCCGACUUCCCUCGUCGAUCGGAGCACUAAGGAGGAUUGAUAACUGUUGUAUGAAUGAGAACUCAGUACAUAAACAUGAUGAUAGUGUUUUAUAAAUUAAUACAUAGAAUUGUGAACCACAUAAUGCAGCAUAAACUCUUGACGUUGUAUGGUUCCACUCAUUAAAUGAGUGAGACUGCAUUGGUUGUAUACAUAUAUGAUUCAGGCUGUGAAUUGAAAGAGUCAUGUUUCAAAAGAGGCUGUCCAUGUAAAACACCAGGCAGUCCUCUUUCGAUCAGUGAUACAUCUGACAUCAGAACCCACCAUUUCUAUGCUAGUGGUACCUUAAAAAAUUCUUGUUACUUAACAAACAUGUAUCAAUGAUUUUUUGCAUAUAUUCAUGGACUGGAAAUAUAAUGUUAAUACAUUUUCUUAUAUUAUCAAACAAAAUUUUAGAACUGAAUUGGAGUUAUCUGCUCUUUGUGUAGAGAUUUCAGAAACUGUCUUCCCUCAUUUAAUUUAAUUACAAAGUAAUAAGUAUUUUAUUCAAGUAGGUAUAUAAACAUACAUUGAAUCAGAUUGAACAGCAGGCACAAUGUUUUUAUAUGUUCUCUUGCUACAUUGAAAGUUUAGAAAAGAAAGUAAGCUUUAUUUUUUAAACCAUAUAUGAAAACAUUGUAAAUGUGGUACUAUUUUCAAAUUUUGUGAUCUUCACAAACAUCCUCUUUGAAAUUGUUUACCAUAUGAUUAUUCAUAUCAUAAUGAUAUGGUUUGAUAUUUUACUUUUUUAAUUUACAACAGUUUGUGAGAGUGUGUGUUUAAAUAUUAAUUAAAGAUAUAU